AUGUCAUUUGGACGAGGAGCUCCGCGUGGUCGCGGCGGUGGUGGUUUUGGUGGUCGCGGUGGCGGCGGUUUUGGAGGCCGUGGUGGCUUCCAGCAAAGGGACAUGGGCCCUCCCGCGACGAUUCUUGAGAUGGGCAAGUUCAUGCACGCUUGCGAAGGCGAGAUGGUCUGCGAGAGCAUCAACCCCAAGGUCCCUCACUUCAACGCCCAGAUCUUCCUCGAGAACAAGACCGCCGUUGGUAAGGUCGACGAAGUUCUCGGACCCAUCAACCAGGUUUACUUCACCAUCAAGCCCUCGGAGGGUAUCCAGGCUACGUCCUUCAAGGAGGGUGACAAGUUCUACAUCGGAUCCGAGAAACUCCUUCCGCUGGAGAAGUUCCUUCCUAAGCCGAAACCCCCCCCAGGUGCGCCGAAGGUCAAGCGAGCAGGCCGCGGAGGCCCGGCAAGAGGUGGCCGCGGUGGUCGCGGAGGCUUUGGCGGUCGCGGAGGUGCCCCGAGGGGUGGCCGCGGCGGCAGCGGUUUCGGCGGCCGCGGAGGCGGUGGCUUCGGUGGUCGUGGCGGCGGUGGUGGUUUCGGCGGUCGUGGCGGUGCGCCGAGAGGAGGCGGUGGCUUCAGCGGUGGCAGGGGUCGGGGCGGCUUCAGCAGAGGAGGCCGGUAG